GACCGUGCGCCACUGCUCAUCGUCGGCGGCCGGCCCGAUGGCCGUGUACCGGCGCCGGCUGGCCGACGGCUCGCUGUACGCCGACCCGUACCAGGAGGCAGUGGUCGAGCGGCUGGAGAGCAUCUUCCACAGCCUGGACGGUUACGCGCCGCCGCGCCGCGGCCUCCUCUCGCGCCUGCUGUCGCUCGGCGCGCCGGCCGCGCGCAGCCCGCGCGGCCUCUACCUCUGGGGCACCGUCGGCACCGGCAAGACCAUGCUGAUGGACCUGUUCCACGACUGCUGCGCCACGCCGCAGAAGCGCCGCGUCCACUUCAACGCCUUCAUGUUGGACGUGCACCGACGAAUUCACGAGGCGAAGGCGCGUGUGGCGCGCCAGCACGGCGACACGCGGCCACGUCCGUUCGACCCCAUCCGGCCGGUGGCCGAGUCCAUCGCCGAGGAGGUCUGGCUCAUCUGCUUCGACGAGUUCCAGGUGACUGACAUCGCCGACGCCAUGAUCUUGAAGCGGCUCUUCACCGAGCUCUUCAACAACGGCGUCAUCAUGAUAGCCACCAGCAAUCGCCCGCCGGAUGACCUGUACAAGAACGGACUGCAGCGUGCCAACUUCGUGCCCUUCAUUCCUGUGCUGAAGGCGCGCUGCCACGUCCAGUGUCUCGACUCGGGUAUCGACUACCGGCUUAAGGGCCAGACCAGCGAACAGAAAACCUACUUUCUGACGCAGGAUGGUGACGCCGAGGCGGGAGUGAAGCGGCUCUUCAAGGUGCUCUGCGCCCAGGAGACGGACGUGGUGCGGCCGCGCGUGCUGAACGUGCGCGGCCGCAACGUGCAGUUUGAGCGCACGUGCGGGCAGGUGGCCGACUGCACCUUCGCCGAGCUCUGCGACCGGCCGCUGGGCGCCGCCGACUACCUGACGAUGGCGCAGUUCUUCCACACGGUCAUCAUACGCGACGUGCCCCAGCUGAGCGCCAAGAGGCGGGCUCAGGCGCGCCGCUUCAUCACACUCAUCGACACGUUGUACGACCACCGGGUGCGGGUGGUGAUCACGGCCGAGGCGCCGCUCUCCAGCCUGUUUUCCGCCGCCAAGGACACCGACGUCAGCGACGACAAGCGUGCUCUCAUGGACGACCUGGCGCUGGGAAAUGAGUCGCUGGAGGUGGCCAGCAUCUUCACCGGCGAGGAGGAGCUGUUCGCGUUCGACCGGACCGUCUCGCGGCUGGCCGAGAUGCAGACGGCCUCCUACUGGGCCCAGUGGGAGACGACCGUGUGAUGAACGCCGCCGUCCUCGCGCCGGGGGCGGCGGCUCAGUUAGAUGACGGCGAUCCGGUCCGGUCCGGUCUUCGCGUGGUGCGCUAGUGGCUAGUAAAGGACGCCGAGAGCGGAAUCGAAUGCCGGGAUGGUGCUGCGAGAACAACGCAGUUUAACUGGUGUUGUUGAAUCUGUUUGACACGGCAGUGGCUGUGCUUAAAAGCCAGCGUCACCACGGGUGCUGUUGGGCGAUGUCAGGACUUCACUGUCACGUGGAGGUCAGAGUGUUCGGGUGCCUUGGCUGCCUGGCUGGUCCCGUGCUGUUACAGAGUGGCAGGCUGAGCUGUUACAGUAGACGGAUUGCUGUUACGUUCUGGCGCUUGUUCGGUGGUAUGUUUCUGUUGCGGCGUGAGCCGUGCACUGUUGAUCCGUUGGUGGUUGGCGAGACGGACUGCGAUGGGAGCCCGGGGCCUUAAUGUGAUGAGAUGUUACGUGAUGGAGUGCUGCUGAACAAGGACUUCUAACACCGCUAAAUCAGGCAUGAUUUGGUUCUCA